CUGUGUGUUAGUUGCAAUUGAGAAACUUUAGUUUCAUUUUCCAAAGGCAGAAAUCGAUUAUAAGAAUUUGUAAGAUGGAGGAAAAAGCUAAUGCUGGGAGUACUGCUGUAGAUAGUGUUGAAAGUAGUAACAGUCCGGUAAAGAGUCCGGUAAAGAGUCCAGCAAAGAGUCCAGCAAAAAAGACAUCGAAGCCGAAGUCAACAAAAUCGCAAAGACCCAAAUCUUCGCAUCCACCAACUUCUGAAAUGGUAAACUCUGCUAUUAAGGAGUUGAAGGACCGUAAGGGAUCAUCUCUUCAAGCGAUUAAGAAAUAUAUCGCAUCCACCUACAAAGUUGACGGAGAAAAAUUAGCACCUUUCAUCAAAAGAUAUUUAAAGGCUGCCGUUACUUCUGGCGCUGUUGUUCAAACAAAAGGUAAAGGUGCUUCUGGAUCAUUUAAACUAUCUACGACGAAAAGCUCUGAAACUAAGAAGAUUCAUCGGACUGUUAAAGUACCGAAACCAAAGAAAAUCAAGAAAUCGGUUGAGAAGAAAACCACAUCAGUGCGAAAAUCUGUGUCGCCGAAGAAACCGAGUUCUGCAAAGAAAAUUGAAAGUGUUAAAAAAGCAGCUGUGAAAAAAUCUGCUGCCAAACCCGCUCCAAAACUUGAAAAAGUUGAGAAAACUAAACCCACGAGCGAAACCAAGGUUAUGUCAAAGAGCAAGAAAACUGCUAAAGCACCAGCAGCUAAGACUAGAACGCCAAAACCAAAAAAGACCGUUGCUUCCAGAACGGUCAAAGCACCAGCUAAGAAAUAAUUAAAUGGAGACUUAAGAAUUCUUUUCUCAAACAAAUGGCCCUUUUCAGGGCCACAAAUUCGUAUUUGAUAAGGAACAACCUAAGACAAUCUGAACAGUAUUCAUCGUAUUCAUAUCAUUUUUUACAUUUUUUAUUUUUUUACACGACAAUAAAGAAAAAUUACUUCAGAUUAAUGUUUUCUCCUACUCGA